AUGAACGACCAGUGUCUCUACACCAAGCAGACGAAAGCUGGAAGGUUGAUCGUACUUCUGUACGUCGACGAUGUGUUGGUCAUCGGGCCAUCGCAGAAAGCUGUUGACGCGGUGAAGUCGUGCAUGUCCAAGGAGUUCGAGAUGACUGACACCGGAGAAGUGGACUGUUUCCUUGAAAUGAAAAUCGAGCGCGACGUGGAGGAACGAAAGUUGCGGAUCAGCCAGCGGCAGUACUUCCAGGACAUACUGCUGCGUUUUGGAAUGCAGGACUGCAAACCAGCGUCGACGCCGAUGGAGUGUCGUUUGAAGCUACUGAAGAGUGCCGAGAAGGACCGCACGGACGCCCCGUACAGAGAGCUGAUAGGGUGUCUAACCUACGCUUCAAUCACGACGAGACCGGACCUGGCUGCAGCAGUUAACUUCCUAAGCCAGUUCCAGAGCUGCCCGACAAACACUCACUGGGCGCACCUGAAAAGGAUCUUGCGCUACGUGAAGGGAACGCUGGACUUCGGUCUAGUGUAUCGUGCGAAGGAAGGAGUGCCAACUGUUGAGGUGUUCACGGACGCAGACUGGGCCAACGACCCACUAUGUUUUUAA